UUCUCACCCUCUCCCACAAACAACACACUCUCUCUCAAAUUCUUCACUCACUCUCUGAAAUGGCUUCUCUCUCUCUCCUCUUCGUCUCUCUAUCUCUCUCCUUCUUCAUCCCUACUUUCAUAUCUUCCUCACCAGUUCCUGACCCUGAAAUAGUAGUACAGGAAGUACACAGGAGUAUUAAUGCAUCAAGGAGGAAUCUUGGUUACUUGUCCUGUGGAACCGGAAACCCGAUUGAUGAUUGUUGGCGAUGCGACCAAAAUUGGGAAAAGAAUCGACAGAGAUUAGCGGAUUGUGCAAUUGGGUUCGGCAAACAAGCCAUAGGUGGAAGAGACGGACGUAUCUACGUGAUAACGGAUUCGAGUGAUCAUGAUGUAGUUAACCCAAGACCUGGUACCCUUAGACAUGCUGUUAUUCAAGAUGAACCAUUAUGGAUCAUAUUUGCCAGAGAUAUGGUUAUACAAUUGAAAGAAGAACUGAUUAUGAAUUCGUUCAAAACACUCGACGGGCGAGGUGCGAGUGUACAUAUCGCCGGUGGACCUUGUAUCACGAUUCAAUUUGUUACGAAUAUCAUUAUACAUGGGUUACAUAUCCAUGAUUGUAAGCAAGCAGGGAAUACUAAUGUGAGAGACUCGCCGCAUCAUUUUGGAUGGAGAACUUUAUCAGAUGGUGAUGGUGUUUCAAUUUUUGGUGGUAGUCACGUUUGGGUUGAUCAUAAUUCAUUAUCUAACUGUCGAGAUGGUCUUAUUGAUGCUAUCCAUGGAUCAACGGCCAUUACCAUUUCGAAUAACUACAUGACCCACCAUGAUAAGGUGAUGCUUUUAGGUCAUAGUGAUUCUUAUACGCAAGACAAAAAUAUGCAAGUUACCAUUGCUUUUAACCACUUUGGGGAAGGAUUAGUUCAAAGAAUGCCAAGAUGUAGACAUGGAUACUUUCAUGUGGUUAACAAUGACUAUACCCAUUGGGAAAUGUAUGCCAUUGGUGGAAGUGCUAACCCUACCAUCAACAGUCAAGGAAAUAGAUUCCUUGCACCGGAUAACCGCUUCAGCAAAGAGGUCACUAAGUAUGAAGAUGCACCAGAAAGUGAAUGGAAGCAUUGGAAUUGGAGGUCAGAAGGUGAUCUUUUGUUGAAUGGGGCAUUUUUCACCCCAUCAGGAGCAAGUGCAUCAUCUAGUUAUGCUAAAGCAUCAAGUUUGGGCGCAAGAUCUUCUUCUCUUGUUGGACCUCUUACUACAAAUGCUGGUGCACUAAACUGCAGGAAGGGUUCUCGUUGCUAGCUAGGCAUCAAGAUUGAUCAAAGAUAUUAUAGAGAGAGGCAAAACAAAAAAAAAAAUGUGUUUCAAAAUUUAAUGCUAAUUUACUAGAAGUGGUGAUGAAAGUCGGGGCGUGUUACCAACUAUAUAUACUCACACUGGCAAGACAAGUAAUGAAGGAAGAAGAAAGCUAAUGAAUUAGCUGGUGUUUUUAUCAGAGAUUAUAAGAAAAAAUUAGUUAGGUUUUCCAUUUUGAGUGGGGGUUUUUAUUUUGUUUGUUUGUUUGUCUAUUAUGGAUUACAACCUCUCAUGUUAAACUCUAAGAAGCAUUAAUUGUGGGUUUCUUUCUUAUUGUUAAGAAUCCUACCUGUUAAGGAUUAAUAGUAGAGUAAACAAGUGAAGAAGUGUUGAUAGAUAUUCAUAUGGUUGUUCUCUCUCUUUUUAAUGUGUUUUGGUCU